CCCAUAGGGUGGUAGAGCCACAACAUAGGAGGCAUAUAGAUCCUAAACCCAUGGUUCAUGUCACUAUCCCUAUAUCCUUGAAGGAGUCUAUGGAAUUACUGACUCUUCGGGCAACUGCAUCAUUGACUGAUGUCAUUGUUCAGCAUGGCACACAAUUGGUCAGAGCAGAGGAUGUACCAACAACUGCGACAUCUCCUUCAUCAACGACACCUCCUUCAUCAACAACACCUCCUUCAUCAGUGGUACCUCCUUUAUCAAUGACACCUCCUUCAUCAGCAUCACCUCAUGCAUCAUUUGGCACAAGCCAGCCCAUUCAACAUAUGUGCCCCACUUGCCAGGGUGUAUGUUCUAGUGUAGACACUGACGUUGAUGAGGAUGGUAGGACAUCUCAUUCGUGUACAUGUUGCAGGAGUAGAUGCCAUGCUUCCACUGUAGAGGAUGUGUCCCUCACCGACGAACUGAUCAAUAUGUUGUACCCUCUCUAUCAGACACAGGGUGUAGCAGGUGGUGGGAGUACACCACAUACUUUUCAGUCAACUCCACGGUCAUGAGUAUUUUCUCCACCAGAGGGCUUAUCAAGGGCUAAGAUGUCCCAACUUGAUGAUAUCACGCUUUCGGCCAUUGACUUUGGCCAAGAUAGCUAUGCAGUACCAUUUAGAUUUAUAUAUUUUUUACUUAAGUGAUAUAUUAAAUACAUGCUCUUUUCCCUUAUGUUAAUUUUUUUUUUUGUUAGUUUACCCCACCCGCCUCGAGGACAUCUCAUGUGAGAAAGCCAUCCUCUAGCCUUCCGAGGCAGAAAAAGAUAUCCUCUCGGA